AUCAUGGGCAAUGUACAAGCAGCAACCGCACCGCCUCCGCCACCGAUGGGUUUUCAACCACCUCCGCCAGCAAGUGUACCUAAGGAAAAUGCUCUUGCUACUCCUGCUGAGUCUCAAGCUCUCGAGAACCCAGGAACUAUGGAGGAUCUUCACAAGAGAUGUAAAGAAAUAUUUCCAGUUAACUUUGAAGGUGCUAAAUUGAUAUUAAAUAAAGGUCUCAGUAGUCACUUUCAAAUUUCUCACACAAUCAAUAUGAGUUCUGUCAUGCCAUCUGGCUAUAGGUUUGGAGCUACAUAUGUGGGUACAAAACAAAUAUCCACUACAGAAACAUUUCCAGUUCUUGUGGGAGAUAUUGAUCCAUCUGGAAAUUUAAAUGCCAAUAUUAUUCAUCAGUUUAGUAACAGAAUUCGAGGAAAACUGGCUACUCAAGUACAAAGAAAUAAAUUUACUGCUGUACAAAUGACAGGAGAUUAUCGUGGAGACACGCAUUCAUUGUCAUUGACUUUGGGAAAUCCUGAUAUUAUUAAUAACUCAGGUUUAGCAGUUUUUCAUUACUUACAAAGCAUCACACCAAAGUUAGCACUUGGAGGAGAACUAAUUUAUCAACAAGGACCAGGAGUUCCUGGAGGAUAUAUUUCGAUUAUUUCUCUUGCUGGUCGUUAUAUUCAUGGAGAUUCGACUAUAAGUGGAAGCUUAGGUCUUGCUGGUUGUCAUAUAUGCUUUCAUCAAAAGGCUAGUCAACAAGUACAAGUUGGAGUUGAAUUGGAAGUUAAUAGUAGAAUGCAAGAAGCUGUAGGUACUAUUGCAUACCAAGUGGAUUUACCUAAAGCAGAUUUGGUUUUCAAAGGGAGUGUGGAUUCUAAUUGGAACGUCGGUGCUGUUUUAGAAAAGAAACUCCAGCCACUACCUUUUACAUUUGCAUUGAGUGGCAUGAUUAAUCACCCAAAAAAUCAAUUCAGACUAGGAUGUGGACUAAUCAUCGGCUAAAUUGUUUAAAAUUUAAUUAAAGUUGUUUUACAAUAAUCAAUUUAUAAAACUCCUUUAAUAUGUAAAACAUGUAAAAAUGAAACAACUAUCAAUCUAUAUAACAGAUGACAUCCUUGACUUACGUUUAUAACUUUGAAAAUACGCAUCGAUUGUUUUUAAUUCAAUUGCAUUUUUUAACUUACACUUAAACUUUGCCAUUAAUAUCAUUCAAAAAGAUAAAAGCUUAUUAUUGACCUUGUUUAUUAGUACUGAAUACAUAAUGCGUAUGUUGAUAGUGAUUUGUGUCAUAGAUCCAUAAAUGAGUGUAAAUAGUACAUAGGGAUUUAAUUUUUUAUAAAUUUGUUUUUUACAACUUCACGCUCAUGCAGUAUUGUAUGAAUUGUUCAUCAUACUUAAAAAUAAAUUCUGCUGUUAUUUAAUUGAUACGAGAUGUUUUAAUUCGAAUAAACAUGCUACAUUUAAACUAUUCUAUUGUGUAAUGUAAGUUACGUUACAUCGAUUUGUGCAAGGGAAAGGCGAUAUUAGGGAACUUUUUAGUGUGUCAAAAAACAAUUAUACCACACUGUAUCGCAACAACUUUACACUUUAAUUCGUACUUCACUCAUUCACUAGUAAAAUUAUAUUUUGAGGAUUAGAGACUUGUAUGUAAAAGUGACGUAGGUAGGUCGUUUGGAGAAAAUAUAAAAUUCAUUCUAAGUUAACUUGCUUCACUGUAGUUUUUUUUAUUCAUUAAUCAAACAAAGUAAUUAUUAUUUAGAUAUCUGAAAUUUGCAAAAAUUUAAAAGAAUUAAAAUUUUAUUGGAUUAUUUUACAGAAAAUUAAAAAAUUUAACUGUAAAAAUAAAUCAUGAUAUUACGUAUGAAGGUGGCUUUGUUAUUGCGACCGAGAAGCAUUUUCCAAUAGCAAUGGAUUGAUCGUUAUUAAAUGAUUGUUGUUC